CUGUAUCUCGGGGCCUGUUGUGACUGGCUGCGGGCCAGCUCUCCCCACGGGCAGCUUGAAUGGCCGGGAUUGUUCCCCCGCCUCCUGUCCUGUCUGCCGCCCAGCGCCUGCCGCCCAGCGCCUGCCAGGCCCCAGCUCGGGCAGGAAAGGGGAGGGCUGUUCCUUCUGGAAUGGAAGGUGUAGGAGGCAGGCGAGCCUUGGGGAGGGUGAGGGGCCACGUCCUGAACCAAACUGGGAGGCGGGAGAGUCACACAAGGGAAGGAGCGUGAGAGGGAGGUCACCGAUCCCCGCCGUGCACUUUGCAAGAGAGCAAGCUGAAGUCCAGACAGAACAAGUGACUUGCCCAAGGUCACACGGCAAGCAAGUAACAGAGCAGGUCGAGAUGACCACAGCUACCCCUUUGGGGAGUACCACCUUCUUCUCAUUGAACAUGACCACCAGAGGAGAAGACUUUCUGUACAAGAGUUCUGGAGCCAUCGUUGCUGCCAUUGUGGUGGUUGUCAUCGUCAUCUUCACCGUGGUUCUGAUCUUGCUGAAGAUGUACAACAGGAAAAUGAGGACAAGACGGGAGCUGGAGCCCAAGGUCCCCAAGCCAGCCUCCCCUUCUGCCCUGGGCCCAAACAGCAACAGCAGCCAACACCCUGCAACUGUGACCUUCAGCCCUGUUGACAUCCACGUGGAGACUCGGUGACCCCCCCAUCCUGGGUGCUGUCUCGGCCACCCCCCAUCCUGGGUGCUGUCUCGGCCACUGUCCAAAGAGACUUCAGUCAAGACCAAGAAGCACAUUUCUCCUCUGGCAGCUUCACUAUGAGUUUGUUCCGGUCAGGUCAACAGGGGCAUCUCUUAUGCAAUCCCUGAUGCCUCAGGCAACCCCCAACCCCAUCCUGCCGGGCCCCACCCCAGGUACGUCCAUAUCCCUGCUGCCACCCUUCCAAAAAGCUGUGCUAUUUUGGGAAUCCACUGCUGUGGGUUUAGCUGUCUCCCCCCAAACACAAUAGCUAGACAGACAGACAGACAGGCAGAUAGCCCAGGAGUCUUCUGGUCAGGAGUCAGGGGUCAGGGCAUGCUCCUUAGAGGGUCUGCCCUGAGGUCAUAUCAGAGGAAGGGCCAUAUCCACAGCUUUGUAGAGCAAAAUAGUCAAUCCCAUAAUCAGGCACAGGGGAACUAACUUGGACUAACUCACCAACAACCCAGCUUGUUAAUUUAUAGCUUGUUCCAGUGCUAAAUGACCGCUAGCUAGCUCAUGAUCAUCGAUCAGCACAUUUCUCCCUCUUUAAGAAAGGUUUUGGGAAAAACUGGAUUCUUCUCCAAAGGUGUCUACUUCUUUAGUAAAGAGUCAAAGUCGAAGACAUAGGAUGACCUUGAGGAAGAAUGGCAUCUAGGAUGAAAGCUUGUUGUAGUGUCCAUGGGCCUGGAAUAAGCCUGGUGUCUGGUCAGGGCCCCUCCCCCC